AUGCGUUUCCAGGCCCUCCAAAUACUGCUUCUCGGCUACGUGGCCAGCACGGUGGCUUCAACAAAAUGCCUGACAUCGUCGCCUGAGUUGUAUUGCUCUGAGGAUACGCCUCAUUCUGUUGAAUAUUGCGAAGAAAAACUAGCCAAGCAAAGGGAUAUGAUAUCAUGCCAACGCUCCAAGAACCCUGGCUUCUCUGAAACGAUAAACAUUGACGUUUACAUACAUGUUAUUGCUAACGAGACUCAUGGUCACCUCGACAACCAAACUCUAAGCCGUCAUAUCUCUAGAAUAAAUAGGGACUUUACUGCCUCAAACAUCGCUUUCAAGAUCAAAGGCGUUGACAAGAUCGUCAGAAGCUGGCCAAUCGGGUUCGACAAUACUCAUGACAUGAUAAUGAAAAGCGGAAUCCAACGAAAGGGGGACAUGAGCGCUCUGAACAUCUUCUUUUUGGCUCAUAUUGAUGACCCCCUGAAAAAUCAUGUUCUUGGAUGGUCUUCCAUGCCCUGGUGGGCAAUGCAAGAGUCAAUACGCGAUGUCGGAAGCGAUGGGAUAUUUAUUCACUCAGAGACUGUUCCUACAAGCUUGAACAUAACCGCGAAAAAAGAUGAGAGCGACACCACGACGCAUGAAAUUGGUCACUGGCUUGGCCUCUUCCACCCGUGGGAUAACACCCUACCCGACUGCAGUGGCCCUGGUGAUGGGAUAGAUGAUACGCCUGCUAUGACGCGGAACAAUAUCAAGGGCGCUCUUGGUCCUGACUCGUGCCCCGACUUAGCUGGAAUGGAUCCUGUUGACAACUUCAUGGUAUAUACCCACAAUUCUGGUGAAAACAAGUUUACGCCGCAGCAGAUAGAGCGCAUGAGGGCUAUGUGGUUUCAGUAUCGUGCACCUGAUAAUGGGACUUCUAGUCUCUGCAAGACUGCCUAA